AUGGGUCCUCAAGAUAUCCCAGUCAUAUUACAUAACGACAAAAGAGGUUUGCUAGUAUUAGAAGACGAUAUCUUACAAGUCCUUCAACUAUCACGAGAUGGCAAUCCUCCGAAAAGACUCCUGUCAUGUCCAAUACGAUACCUCCUACGUGUCAGUUUGGCCAAAGGAGAGUCAGGAACCCGAAGAAGACUCGACUUGUCAAGUGUGAUAAGGAAAGGUCGUACUUGUCAUUUAUCCCAAAUACAUGUGUUGGUGGAACCUAUCAACGUACCCGAGGCGGAGGAAUGGGUCGAAGCUGUCAUGUUGGCUGCUUAUAGGGGUGCCAAACCAUUUCGAGAGAUAUUACUCCUGGUCAACCCUAUAGGAGGUAAAGGUAAAUCGGAGAGUAUCGUACGACAUACAGUCCUACCCAUUCUUCAAGCAGCAGGAUGUACUGUCGAUCUCAGAGAGACAACACAUCGCUUGCAUGCUGAAGAAAUUGCUCAACAGAUAAAUUUAGAGUACGAUGUCAUAGCCACCGCAUCUGGGGAUGGAUUGGUAUAUGAAGUUCUUAACGGUCUCGCUGCCAGAUCAGAUGCUAGAAAAGCUCUCAAAACUCCCGUGGUCCCUAUCCCUACCGGUUCGGCCAAUGCUCUAUGUGUAAACCUUCUCGGUCCUGAGGAUUAUGAUCUCGUCCCUAUAGCAUGUCUGAAUAUCAUCAAAGGUCAACCAUUACCUAUGGAUCUUUGUUCAGUUCUUCUUCUCCCUUCCAUGACUCGUCGCUGGUCUUUCCUCGCUACUGCCAUGGGUCUAAUGGUUGAUCUCGACAUUGGGACUGAACAUCUACGAUGGAUGGGAAAUUCAAGAUUCAUUUAUGGUUAUCUUCGUGGACUCAUCUCCCAGAAAAAGCUGAGUUGCCGAAUACGUAUGAAAAUCGUGGCCAGUGAUAAAGUGGAAAUGGCAAGGGAAGCAAGACAGACAGUCCGAUCGACACAAUCGGUCGGAGGGGGGAUCGAUCCUAUUUCGCCAACCAAUGUCUACAUUCCUUCCAAACCCACCUCAAAGGAAAUGUCCAAUAUAGAUGGGAGUUUACCAGCUCCAAUAGAGUUGAAACCGGAUGAAAGUUGGAAGACUAUAGAAUCAACAGGAACACAUUUGAAAACUCAUAAAAAGGGACAAAAUGGAAAAGGAGCGAAUAACGAUUGGGUUGAUGGGGAGGGAAUCAUCUAUGUCUACUGCGGAGCAGGAUCAGUUCGUUGGCCUGAUAAAUCUCUUCUGCAAUGGCCUGUCGCUACCCCGGGUGCAGUAUCAAUGGAUAUGGUCAUUCAAGCGGUAAUGUCAAGAGGAGCUAUGGCAACUUCUAUGAGUGCAGCUGAGAUAGGAGAAACUUACUGGGCCGAAGAACAACAUUAUUACAAAGUAACUGCUUUCAUAGCUGAAAAUUCUGAUAAACCUAAACAACCAUCCUUCACAAUAGACGGCGAGGCGUUCCCAUUCGAUACAUUCCAAGUUGAGCUUCAUCCACGUUUAGCGACCACAAUGAGUCUCGAUGGGAAUUGGUACAUUCCUGAAUUCCUCAAGAAGAAUAAUCCAAUUUGA